AUGAUGCGUAUUAGAGACCCUAAAGUUCCCAUCAAACCAAUAGACAAGUCUGUUGUUGGCAUAAAUCUUGAAGCAGCACUUGAUCCUUUAAAGUAUAACCGAACUCCUGACUUUGGAUAUAUUGAGGAAAACAAGCUAGAAUUUAAGAACACCAAGAGAGGUUGGGAAUUGAUUGCUUAAAUUCUUAAGCCAAAAGAGUAGUAAGUUAAAUUUUGGAAAUUAGUAGAGAGACUUUAAGAAGUGAAGGAUAAGUAUAAGAAGUUUGUUUAAAAAUAAAAAGAUUUGCACAAGAAAAAAAGAAGGCAUGCUUUCAAUCAAUUUGGAUUAAUAAAUAAUCCGAAUGAGAGUGCAAAGUCAGUUAAUAACACAAGCUUAAAAAUAAGAGAAACAUCUCAACCUUCACGUACCUCAUCUAGAAAAUAAAAAAAUAAAGUAGUUUUCGAAGAUUAAGUAUAAUCCGAAGCUACAAUCCUAAAUACUAGCAUAAGUAUAACGAAGAGUAAUACCUAAUUCCUAAGCCCUAAAAAGACUAGAAUAAUUCCAAAAAUAAAUGCAGAUAUUUCUAAUCAAAUAACUAAAAACUAAUAGAAUAAUAGUAGACAGUUAGAGCAAAUUAUUUCUUAAGAGAACUCUGAUGAUAGUGAUAUAUAGUUUGAAUCUCCUAAGAUUCAGGAAAUAAAGUGCAACAUUUAAAAUCUAAAAAAAUAGAGUACAAAGUUCAUGGAUGAUUAUACAUCUAUUAAAAAGGAAAUCUUUAAAUAACCAUAAUAUACUGCUAAAAGACGAACUUCAAACUUAAAUGAUGCUAUUUAGGUUUAGGAGGCAGAACAUGAUAAACAAGUUGAAGAAAAAUAAAAAUAAUAGACUGAUAAAAGUAAGAAAAUAUAGAAGGCUGUAACUCAGAUGUUUAAUAAAAAUUAACUUGAUGAAAUCUUCAAAGAAAAUGAAUUAUUCCAAGAUAUGCCUAGUAAUUAAUAUAAAUUAGGUUUCAAUCCUGAUCUAAAACUAAAUCCUGAUCAAUAAAUGGAUUGUCUGGUUAGCAAACUAACAAUGGAUUUAAAAAAGAAAACAGAGGAGAUAAUUUAUGAGAACUAAAUUAUGUUAUUUAAAAACAAAUCUAACUUAGGAAAUAAAAAAAGAAGGUAGACUCAAAUUUUUCAAAUUAAUGAUUUUCCAAAGUUCAAAGCUGACUUAAGAAGAAUUGAAAGUGAAGAAAAUGAUAGUCUUAAAACUGAUGAAGAGUCUUUGUCUUCACCAAGAGCAAACUCUAGAUCGAAAAACUAAAAGAGAUUAAGUAGUGAGUUUAAUGUAAACAUACAAAGCAGACUAAAAUCACCAAGUUAAUUAGAGAGAGAAAAGCAAUAAGAACUGGAGGAAAAGGAAAAAUAAAGAUAAUAAGCAAUAGAUGAAUAAAGAAUGAGAGAACUAGAGUAUCAAAAGCGGAGAUAAUCAUAGCAGAAUUCAGUUAGGCAAAAGUAUAAUAGGAGAUUUACAGUUAUUUAAAUGAAUAAGGAUAGAUUAUUAAGUGAACAAAAGUCAUAAACUCCUAAUAAUAUUUCUAUAGUAACAACAGCUGAAGAGGCAUCUACCAAAAUGCAUACGUCGUUAAAUAAAUCUCAAUUACUUGAGAAUAAGCCACUAAACAUUUAAAUAUUAAGGCCAAAGAUAAACUAAGAAGACCAAAUUAUAGCUUUCUAAUUAAGAUAGAAUAAAGCAAAGUAAAGAAGAAAAGAUCCAUCAUUUGAAAGCUAAUUAAGAAGUCAUAAUAACAGUUUGUUCGAUGAAAAAAACAUACAGUCAGGAUCAACGUUAUUAGUAACUUCUUAGUUUAGUUUACCUACUACUCGAUAUAAGUCUUAGAAUAAUUGA